CCCGCCCCGCGCCCUCCCCCGCCCGCUGUCCCGCCGACUCGCGCGCGGCGGCCGCAGAGCGACGCGGACCCCGAGCGCGGGCACGGAGCCCCUCGCCGCCGCCGGAGCCGAGCCCGGAGCCCGCGCCCGGCCACCCUCGAGCUGUCCUGCAGGCCCUGCCGCUGCUGGGAUCUUUCCCAGCCCUCCGACCUGAAAGCACACCAGGAACGCCAUGCAGGAGGCUCUGACGCCUCUGCCUACACUGCUGCUGCUCCUGCUGCUGCUGCUGGGGUGUGGGCCACGGGUGUCCUCCGGUGGUGGGGCUGGGGGGGCAGCAGGCUACGCCCCAGUGAAGUACGUGCAGCCUAUGCAGAAAGGACCCGUGGGACCACCGUUCCGCGAGGGCAAGGGCCAGUACCUAGAAAUGCCUCUACCUCUGCUGCCAAUGGACCUCAAAGGAGAACCAGGUCCCCCUGGGAAGCCCGGGCCUCGAGGCCCCCCUGGCCCUCCUGGUUUCCCAGGAAAACCAGGCACCGGAAAACCAGGGCUCCAUGGACAGCCUGGGCCUGCUGGCCCCCCUGGUUUCUCGCGCAUGGGCAAGGCUGGUCCCCCUGGGCUCCCUGGCAAGGCUGGGCCACCAGGGCAGCCAGGGCUUCGAGGAGAGCCAGGGAUACGAGGAGAUCAGGGCCUCCGAGGACCCCCAGGACCCCCUGGCCUCCCUGGCCCCUCAGGCAUUACUGUUCCUGGAAAACCAGGUCCCCAGGGGGUACCAGGCCCCCCGGGAUUCCGUGGAGAACCAGGGCCCCAAGGGGAACCUGGACCCCCAGGAGAUCGAGGUGUCAAGGGAGAUAAUGGAGUGGGCCAGCCAGGGCUGCCAGGAGCUCCUGGGCAGAGUGGUGCCCCUGGGGCCCCUGGCCUCCCAGGCCCACCUGGUGUGGGCAAACCAGGCUUGGAUGGGCAACCGGGGGCCCCUGGAGACAAAGGGGACUCUGGGCCUCCUGGAGUUCCAGGCUUGAGGGGGGAACCAGGAGCUGUGGGUCCAAAAGGUCCCCCUGGGGUAGAUGGUGUAGGUGUGCCAGGAGCAGCGGGGGUGCCAGGACCUCAAGGUCCAGUAGGGGCCAAAGGGGAGCCAGGGACCCGGGGGCCCCCUGGCCUGAUAGGCCCUACUGGUUAUGGUAUGCCAGGACUGCCAGGCCCCAAGGGGGACAGGGGCCCAGCAGGGGUCCCAGGGCUCUUGGGGGACAGGGGUGAGCCAGGGGAGGAUGGGGAACCAGGAGAGCAGGGCCCACAGGGUCUGGGGGGCCCCCCUGGACCUCCUGGGUCUGCAGGGCUCCCUGGUAGACGUGGGCCUCCUGGAGCAAAGGGAGAGGCAGGUCCUGAAGGGCCCCCAGGAGUACCUGGCAUUCGGGGUGACCAAGGGCCCAGUGGCCUGGCUGGGAAACCUGGGCUUCCAGGUGAGAGGGGACUUCCUGGCACCCAUGGACCCCCUGGGCCAGCUGGGCCCAAGGGUGAGCCAGGUUUCACAGGUCGCCCUGGGGGACCAGGAGCAGCAGGAGCUCUUGGUCAGAAGGGUGAGUUGGGGCUCCCUGGGCAGCCUGGCCUGCGGGGCCCUUCAGGAAUCCCAGGACUUCAGGGUCCAGCUGGCCCUAUAGGGCCCCAGGGUCUUCCAGGCUUGAAAGGUGAACCAGGCUUGCCAGGGCCCCCUGGAGAAGGGAAAAUGGGGGAACCUGGUUCUACUGGGCCCACAGGGCCCCCUGGUGUCCCUGGCUCCCCAGGGCUCACAGGCCCCCCUGGGCCUCCUGGGCCUCCGGGCCCCCCUGGUGCCCCAGGGGCCUUUGAUGAGACUGGCAUCGCAGGCUUGCAUCUGCCCAAUGGUGGUGUAGAGGGCGCCGUGCUGGGCAAGGGGGGCAAGCCACAGUUUGGGCUGGGCGAGCUGUCAACCCAUGCCACGCCGGCCUUUACUGCGGUGCUCACUUCACCCUUCCCUGCCUCAGGCAUGCCUGUCAGGUUUGACCGGACUCUUUACAAUGGCCACAGUGGCUACAACCCAGCCACCGGCAUCUUCACUUGCCCUGUAGGUGGUGUGUACUAUUUUGCAUACCACGUGCAUGUCAAGGGCACCAAUGUGUGGGUGGCCCUGUACAAGAACAACGUGCCAGCCACCUACACCUACGACGAAUACAAGAAGGGCUACCUGGACCAGGCAUCUGGAGGAGCCGUGCUCCAGUUGCGGCCCAACGACCAGGUCUGGGUGCAGAUGCCCUCGGACCAGGCCAACGGACUCUACUCCACCGAGUACAUCCACUCCUCCUUUUCAGGAUUCUUGCUCUGCCCAACAUAACCCCUGGGCAGCCCUGCUGCCCUGGCCUCCUCCUCUGUAGUGGUAGAGCGACCUUUUCAGUUACAAAGACCUCCAUUUAAAGAAAAAGACCAAAGGCUGAACAGAGGUGGCGGUGGCCUUGCCCCUACAUGUGGUUGAGAUUUUCUGGAGGGGCUGGCCUGAGUUCCUGUCACCUCCAUGUCUGAGCAGUGUCGAGGCUGUACUGUGUGCCUGCCCUGCAGGACCCUAGGAUAUUCAGCCCAACCCCCAUGAGUCCUGGACGCCGGUGGUCCUUGACAGGCAGGGGGGGCUGGGCUCCCUCAUCCCUUUGCCUGGUGGCCCCUGGAGAGCACCUGCUCUAGGAGUUGGGUUCUUCCAGUUCCCUGGGGACAUCCUGCAUGUGAUAGUGGGUCAUCUUCAGGGGAAAGGGAGAAAAGGGUGACCUUGCAAGUGGAUAGUGUGGAUACUUUGCCAGGAACUCAACCCCAGGAUGAUGCUGUUGCACGAGUCUGUCCAUGGCAGGGACAAUUGUAGGGCCUCUGCAGGUUUCUGGGAGGGUGGAAACCUUUUCUGCUUCAGCAACAGUCAUGAGGAAAGGUGAUCCUCCGAGGGGAGGACAGAUGGCUGCUCCUCCUCCUCCCCACUUUGUUUAGCAUGAGGACAACGCACAGGCCCCUGGGGACUGCUGUGGGCUGCGAUGUGUCUGGAAGUGUGCCCACGGUGUGGACUAAGGGCAGCAAGCAUGCAUACUCCUGUCUCCCCUUUCACCUGCCGGGGUCCAGCCUCAAGCCAGAUUGUAAGAGGGUCCUUGCUGUCCCCAACCCAAGUGUCUCAAAGGCAAGGCACCUCUCAGCUGGCCAUGAACAAGACACACAAGCUUGAGGAUGAAGCUCCCAUUUGCUUUCCUUAAUAAGAAUCACGUGUGGAUAUAUGUCCCUCCUAGAGGGGUUAAUCUGUGGGGGAGUCCUCUGCUUGCACCUCUGGUUCCAAUUUCCUGUUCUAAGCAGGAUUAAGGCCUGGGAGGCCAAGGCUCUCAGAGGAAGGGUGCUGUGUUUGCCAUUCUCCCAUUAGGGCGCCUCUGCAGGAAGCAGCCGCCCCUCCCCCACUUCAGUGCAAGGUCCCCCCACAUUGGUACCGAGGACAGUGAUGGUGGAUGGUGACCCGAGGAAACAUGGUCACCUACCUUUGAGGUUUCACUCACUCCUCACCAAGCUAACACUUCCCUGUAUCAAAGGUGAGCUCUGCUCUGACUCUGGCCAGUUCGACUUUCGAAAGGGGAGGAUGACUGGUGACCUCUGACUGGCCAUGCUGUGGUCCCCCCAGCUCCCUGACAGCCAGCUGUCCUUCCCGCCCUCAGCUGCUCCAAAGUGGGCUACUUUAGCUUUCAAAGGGAAGAAUGCAAAGCCGAAUCUGCCCAAGUGAGACUCAGAAGAGGUUUUGGCUGGGGUUCAUGGUGGACUUCUCCCUUCCCAAUGCCAAGAGAAAACAAGGAGUCUCAGCAGGCCUGGUGGGGUUCUUUCUCUGCUCAAUCUCCUUCCCUGGGUCAAGCCACUAUAAUCUGACUCCCUAAGGAUGGGUGGUGAUCCCCACAAAUUAGCUUCCAGUGGGAGACCAUGGAACGAAAGAGGUCCCAAAGGAAGCCCAAAAGCAGUUUCAGAGCUGAGUGUUUGCCAGGUUUCACCCCUGAAGUCCUUAGGGGGUGGCUGAUGUUUCUGAAGUGUUCAUGGAAUCUGAGGUGCAGGUAUUGUUACCUGACUUGCUUUGAUAAACAGUGUCAGGUUUUACCUAUGAAACAUGCAUUACUUUGUACAUUUUUGUAUUCUAAUUCUUAAUUUUUUUUUAAGAUGAAGGUUUAAAUGUUUCUUACUAGUAAUUUCAUUUCUAACCUGGUGUAAGAAGUUUAGUUCUCUAUUUACAUGUGCCCUGUGUCACAGAUUUGGGAAAAAUGCCCUGGGGGACCAAAAAAAGGGGGGGGUUCAUUUUGAAAAGAAAAACACUAUUGACACACUUCAAUAAAACCUGUCCUGUAAA